GUGGCCGCACUGAUUAACGAAGCAAAGAGUUUUCAGGGAGCCGAGCUCACACACACACAGACAGACACACGCACACACACAGACAGACACACGCACACGGAUGUAUUUCCACAGAAAUGCUCGAGUCCCCGAGCUGAGCCUCGACUGAUCGUCCCGAGGAGAGAGAGCAGAGAACCGGCGGAAACACAGUGAGUGGGAAUUAAACCAGGACCGAGCAGCUUCAGGAUCUGCAACGCAUCCACACACCGAGAGAGGGGAAACUUGAGCCCCACUUUGGGCUGACUUCAGCGGACCCAGCCUGGAGUGGUGAUGUCUUGAUCGUGUGGCCCCUUCCAGCCCAGUGAAGGACGUGCCAGUGCAGGGCUGCUGCUCAUGGGAACUCCUGCUCCGCCAUGAGUGCUCGUGAUGGCCUUGGUGGCGUGGGCACCCUGGGCACCCUGGGCCGGAGGCAGCGCUUCGAGAACUCGGAUUUCACUGUGCGCAUCUACCCGGGCGCCCUGGCCGAGGGCACCAUCUACUGCCCCAUCAGUGCCCGCAAGACCACCACAGCGGCCGAUGCCAUCGAACAUGUCAUCGGACGCCUCCAGCUCGACCGUACCAAGUGUUAUGUUCUAGCGGAGGUGAAGGAGUUUGGUGGGGAGGAAUGGAUUCUGAACCCCAGCGACUGUCCUGUGCAGCGGAUGCUGCUCUGGCCCCGUGUGGCACUAGAGCACCGCUCACUCUCCGGCGGCGAUGAUUACCGCUUCCUGCUCAGACAGAAAAACCUGGAUGGUUCAAUUCACUAUGGCGGCAGCCUCCAGAUGUGGCUGCAGGUCACAGAGGAGCGCAGGCGCAUGGUGGAGCGUGGACUGCUGCCACAGCCUGAGUCCCAAGGUAACCACGCAGAUCUGUGCCGCCUGCCGGAGCUCAACGAGCGCUCGCUGCUGGACAACCUGCGCUCGCGGUACCGCCAGGAGAGAAUCUACACCUACGUUGGAAGCAUCCUCAUCGUCAUUAACCCCUUCAAGUUCCUGCCCAUCUACAACCCCAAGUACGUGAAGAUGUACGAUAACCACAGUCUGGGACAUUUGGAGCCACAUAUUUAUGCCGUCGCGGACGUGGCGUACCACACCAUGCUGCAGCGACAGAGGAAUCAGUGCAUUGUUAUAUCUGGGGAGAGCGGCUCUGGAAAGACUCAGAGCACAAACUUCCUUAUUCAUCACCUGACUGCACUCAGCCAGAAGGGUUUUGCCAGUGGAGUGGAGCAGAUAAUCUUAGGGGCAGGACCAGUACUCGAGGCAUUCGGGAACGCAAAGACAGCCCACAACAACAACUCGAGUCGCUUCGGCAAGUUCAUCCAGGUGAACUACCAGGAGAGGGGCACUGUGAGAGGAGCGUAUGUGGAGAAAUACCUCCUGGAGAAGUCGAGGCUGGUCUAUCAGGAGCACAAUGAGCGGAACUACCAUGUGUUUUACUACCUGCUGGCAGGAACGAGUGAAGAAGAGAGGGAAGCCUUUCACCUCAAGAAGCCUGAAGAAUAUCAUUACCUCAGUCAGCAUUCCCAGAUGACAAAGAACAGCCAGCAGCCUUACUGGGACAGUAACUGUGAGAGUGAACCGGACUGCUUCACUGUUGAGGGCGAGGACCUGAAGCACGACUUUGAGAGGCUUCAGCUGGCCAUGGAGAUGGUGGGCUUCCUUCCUGCCACUCGGAAACAGAUCUUCUCUCUGCUGUCGGCCAUCCUCCACCUGGGCAACAUCUGCUACAAGAGGAAAACCUACAGGGACGACUCCAUCGACAUCUGUAACCCAGAGGUGCUGCCUGUCGUCUCAGAGCUGCUGGAGGUCAAAGAAGAGAUGCUGUUUGAGGCCCUGACGACGAGGAAGACGGUCACGGUGGGAGAGAAGCUGAUUGUUCCCUACAAACUGUCUGAGGCCGGCACGGUGAGGGACUCCAUGGCGAAGUCCCUGUACAGUGCUCUGUUUGACUGGAUCGUCUUCAGGAUCAACCACGCUCUGCUCAACAUCCGGGACCUGGAGGACACCACCAAGAUCUUGUCCAUCGGGGUUCUGGACAUUUUCGGUUUCGAGGACUUCGAGAACAACAGCUUCGAGCAGUUCUGCAUCAACUUCGCCAACGAGCGUCUCCAGCACUACUUCAACCAGCACAUCUUCAAGCUGGAACAGGAGGAGUACAGGGCCGAGGGCAUCAGCUGGAGAAACAUCGACUACAUCGACAACACAGGCUGCAUCAACCUGAUCAGCAAGAAGCCCACAGCUCUGUUCCACCUCCUGGACGAAGAGUGCAAUUUCCCUCAAGCCACCAACCAGACUCUGCUGGAUAAGUUCAAGCGGCAGCACGAGGGCAACAGCUACAUCGAGUUCCCCGCCGUCAUGGAGUCCGCCUUCAUCAUACGACACUACGCUGGCAAGGUCAAGUACGGGGUCAAGGAUUUCAGGGAGAAGAACACAGACCACAUGCGGCCGGACAUCGUCGCUCUGCUGAAGAGCAGCAAGAACGCCUUCAUCUGUGGGCUGAUCGGCAUCGAACCGUCGGCCACGUUCCGCUGGGCGGUACUGCGAGCGUACUUCAGAGCCCUGGUGGCUUUCAGAGAAGCUGGGAAGAGACACACGCAGAGGAAGCCUGGGCAUGAUGACGCUGCUCCCUGCGCAGUUUUGAAAAGUGUGGAUAGUUUUAGCUUUCUGCAGCACCCUGUGCAUCAGAGAAGCUUAGAGAUCCUGCAGAGAUGCAAAGAGGAGAAGCACAGUGUGACCAGGAAGACUCCACGUUCUCCUCUGUCAGACCUCCAGGGAAGCAACGCCAUCAACGACAAGUCACCACGGGGUUCCCCGGGCCUCGGCUGGAAUGGACGCGUGGGUCGAAACAGCCGCUUGUCGUCCAGCAGCUCCAUCACAGACGAGGACGGCAUCUUCGUCAACUCGGCCAGCAGCAAACUUCUGGAGAGAGCACACGACAUCCUCAUGAGAAACAAAAACUACAAAUCAAAGCCGCUUCUCCCGAAGCAUUUACUGAAUGUCAAGUCUCUGAAGUACCUCAGCAAGCUGACGCUUCACGACCGCAUUACCAAAUCACUGCUCCACCUCCACAAGAAGAAGAAGCCACCGAGUAUCAGCGCACAGUUCCAGGCCUCUCUCAAUAAGCUGAUGGAGACCCUGGGUCAGUCUGAGCCUUACUUUGUCAAGUGCAUCCGUUCCAACGCUGAGAAGCUGCCCCUGAGGUUCAACGACAACCUGGUGCUGAGGCAGCUGCGGUACACGGGCAUGCUGGAGACCGUGCGCAUCCGGCAGUCAGGCUACAACAUCAAGUACAGCUUCAAGGACUUUGUUCAUCACUUCUGCGUGCUGCUCCCAGAGAGCACCAGUGCCACCAGAGAGGGAAUCCAGCAGAGCCUGGACCAGCUGGACCUGCAGCCAGAGGGAUACCAAGUGGGAAAGACAAUGGUGUUUCUGCGGGAGGCUGAGCGUCAGCGGCUGCAGGCCAUUCUCCACAGGGAGGUUCUCCGACUCAUCGUCAUGCUGCAGCGGAGAUUCAGAGCCCGGCUGGAGAGGAGGCACUUUGUCAGGAUGAGGGAAGCAGCGAUCUGCAUCCAGAAAUGGUGGCGGUUGUACCAGCUCAUAGAAGAGGAGGAGGAGGAGGAGGAGGAGUAUGACCCUGCUGUGCAGGAGGGGGCCGCUCUGUGUCUGCAGAGGCACUGGAGAGGUCUCAGGGAGCGUCAGAGGUUCAGGCACUGGAGGGACGCCGCUCUGGUGCUGCAGCGGGCCUGGAGGUUGUGGCUCCGCCGGCGCUGCACAGCGGCUCUGGUCAUUCAGACGGCCUGGCGCUGUCAUCGAGCCAGAGAAGCCUACCUGCGUCUGUACGAAGCUGUGGUGCAGCUUCAGGCGCUCUGCAGAGGCCACCUCGCCAGGCGGAGCUUCAUAAAGCUGAGAGAGGAGCGGCUGAGGGAGAAGAAGGAGCAGCAGCAGGAGAAGCUGCUUCAGCUGCAGAACGGCCGGAUCAGUCUCUCACCUGAGGAAGAGGAGGAGCCGUCUGAGAGAAUCAUGGGGAUGGACCUCAGCACGUGGCAGGAUCGUUCCUACGAGAGACGAGAACAGAGCCUCAGCAGCCACGAGGCCUCGGUCGGGGGGGAAGCAGGAGGCAGAGAAGACGCUGAGACAAGAGAUCAGUCGUAUCCGGUGAUAACUGAGGCUCCAGUUUCCAUCCCCACGUCCACCGUGGUGGUUCGAGAGAGGACGAGAACUUCAGACGAGCCCAGUCAGAAAACCACCCGGGCCAAGAGAGAGAGCCGGCGGAUGCGGGAGCUGGAGCAGGCCAAGUUCAGCCUGGAGCUCCUCAAGGUCCGAGCGACCGGCGGCGAGGCCUCGUCCCCGUCGGAGGAGCGCCGGUGGUCUUACGAGCUGGUGCCCCCCGCGACCCCGCCCCUUCUUUCACCCCAGGGCACCCCCGACAGCCAGAGCUCCAAGGGCAGCUUUGAGCUUCUCAGUAUGGACGAGGAGCCGCCCAAAGCUGUGGAGGAGGUGACGGACAGUGACGAGCCCUGCUCCCCUCCUCCGUCAGUACCUGAGCCUGACGUGGAGCCACAGGGAGCAGAGGUUCCUGAGGUGACUCCACCAGGCAGCCAGGGACAGAGCACAAUGGAUCCAGCAGCCGCCUCCGCACCAACACAUCCGCCCAUAAUCGAGAACUACCUCCCCACCUUUUACGUCCCUGCUAGUGAGGGCAGCACAGUCGUCUCCCGUCGUUCUGCUGAAGAGCCUCGACUGAACACGGAGGCAGCAGCGUCCACGGCCGCUGUCACAAGGCCCCUGAGAGAGCGGCGCCCGGUGGUCGUGGUCAUCAGCAUGCAGAAAGAAACGCCACUGAGCGAAGAGCUGAGUGAGAUCCUCCGUCCCCCUGUGGAGCUCCGAGAUUCUGCCGCCCAGACAGGGGGGUUGACGCCAUCGCCACAAAAAACAGAACCAGCAACUGUCCCUCAAGGUCCCGUCCCCGCCUCUACCUCUGUCCCCCAGGCCGACCCGGCUGUCAUCGAGAAGCUGGUGCGGCUGAACGAGGAGAAAGAGGAGAGGCAGCGAAACCGGCGGCAGCAGAACGAAAAGGAGAUGAUGGAGCAGAUACGACAACAGAAGGAGGUUCUGGAGCGCCAGCGGCUUCACUUUGUUCAGUACGAGAGAGACAUGUUUGAGAAGCAACGAGAGGAGGCGCUGCACAGGAUACAGAAGAGUCGACAGGUUGGGCAAGACGCAGGUGGGACCCAAACCUCCGGCAAGCCCCUUAGAACCAGCUCAGUAGCUCCUCAAGCCCGAAUUCAGUCAGACUCCACUGCCCCCUCAGCUCGCUCCCCCCCGGCUGCAGACAUCCGAGGCAGCGCCCCUUACCCCCAGCUGCCUCCUCCACCUGCAUCUGCUCCCAGGGGAAAACCCACCGAGAGGGCGGCUGAGGGCUGGGCCCCGAAACUCCAGCUGGAGUCCAGAGAGGGAGGAGGAGGCCGAGCGAGGACGACCGCCAGGAAACCACCGAGUCCUCAGGCCGCAGUGAACAUGAAGGACAAGACGGGCAACAUCUUCUUCUCUCCUAAGGACAAAGUUACAUUUACACCGUUUGACAAAGAUGCUGUUACGGUAGAAGCACCUGUGACCAUAACCGGAGAAGGCCCCGCCCCCGUCUCCAAGACGUCUAAAGUACCAAAGGCCCGGGAUGUCGGCAGAGUGGGCCAAAAAAAGAAAGCCCGAAUGGCGCGGACCCGCUCCGACUUCCUCACCCGCGCCCCCAUCGUCUCGAUCGGGGGGGAUUCUGACGAGGACGGCUUCGACCGGGUCAGCCCCCUCACUCCCCGUCACUUCAGCCUGCCCCUCUCCAAACAGGGCUCCGCGGAGGGAGGCUUACGAGAGACCUGUUUCAGUGACUCGGACAUGCCUGCGUCCUCCGAGGAGCAGAAGAAGAUCCAAAAAGCCAUGUCCUCAGGAGAUCUGGUCAAAGUGGACUCGAUGCGCAAGAACUCACAAGAUGGAAGGGUUCGUGGUAAGAUGCGCUUCUGGGGUAAGAGCAAGUACGGGGACAAGAAGUCGUCCAGAGAAAAGCUGAUCUGUGGCGCUGAUACCCCUGAUGGAGACUAUGGAGACUAUGGAGACACUGGGCCGCUGCUGGGAGAGGGUCAGGAGAACAUGUCUCCCCCCUGCAGUCCUGACCCGACGCUGGACCGAAGCUUCAGGGACCUGAAGGAGAACAAGGAACCGUCUCCCAAGGUGAAGCGAAGGCGCAGCGUGAAGAUCAGCAGCGUGGCCAUGGAAUCUGCUCAGUGUCAGAACGACGCGCUGCAGAUCCUCACGUGCACCAGCGACUACAGGAGCAUGAACGACUUCCUCAUGAAGAAGAUCAACGACCUGGACACGGAGGACAGUAAGAAGGACACCAUGGUGGACGUCGUGUUUAAAAAGGCUUUGAAGGAAUUCCGUCUGAACAUCUUCAACUCAUACUCCACGGCACUCGCUAUGGAUGACGGUAAGAGCAUCCGCUACAAAGACCUCUACGCUCUGUUUGAGCACAUCCUGGAGAAAACCAUGCGUCAGGAGCAGAGGGACUGGAGAGAGUCUCCGGUCACAGUGUGGGUCAACACCUUUAAGAUUUUCCUGGAUGAGUUCAUGACCGAGUACAAACCUCUGGACAGCACAACCAGCAAGCCUGUUGUUAAACCUGAACGCAAGAAACGAAGGAAAAAGGACGCUGACAUCGUGGAGGAGCAUAACGGCCACAUCUUCAAGUCCACGCAGUACAGCAUCCCCACGUACUGUGAAUACUGCUCCUCGCUCAUCUGGAUGAUGGACCGGGCCUGUGUGUGCAAAUUGUGCCGGUACGCCUGCCACAGAAAGUGCUGCCUGAAGACGACCACCAAAUGCAGCAAGAAGUUUGAUCCAGAGCUUUCCUCCCGACAGUUCGGAGUGGAAGUUUCUCGUCUGACUAGUGACGAGAGGACGGUGCCGCUGGUGGUAGAGAAGCUCAUCAACUACAUUGAGAUGCACGGCCUCUACACCGAGGGAAUCUUCAGAAAGUCUGGCUCCACCAACAAAAUUAAGGAGCUCAAGCUGGGACUGGACACAGAUGUGGACAGCAUGAAUCUGGACGACUACAACAUCCACGUCAUCGCGAGUGUUUUCAAACAGUGGCUGAGAGACCUGCCUAAUCCUCUCAUGACAUUUGAGCUGUAUGAGGAGUUUUUACGUGGCAUGGGUUUGCAGGAUAAAAAGGAAAUGAUCAGAGGGGUGUAUUCCGUUAUUGACCAGCUAAGCAGAACUCACCUAAACACUCUGGAACGCCUCAUUUUUCAUCUUGUCAGGAUCGCCCUGCAAGAGGACACAAACCGCAUGUCAGCGAACGCCUUGGCCAUAGUGUUCGCUCCCUGCAUCCUGCGCUGUCCUGACACCAUCGACCCCCUGCAGAGCGUCCAGGACAUCAGCAAGACCACUGCGUGUGUGGAACUCAUCAUAUGUGAGCAGAUGAACAAGUACAGAGUUCGACUAAAGGACAUCAGCACUCUGGAGUUUGCUGAAAACAAAGCCAAGUGCAGACUGAACCUCAUCCGGUGCUCCAUGCAGCCAAAUGCGUCUAAGAAGGGAAAAAGCCACUUACAGCGACUGAGCUACAGCCCCUCGCCCCCGGUGAGUCCCCGGCUGCCGUCUCUGGCGAACCCUGUGGUGGAGGAGAGCGGCGGCGAAGAGGGAGCGGACUCGUUUCACGAGAUCUCCGAGCAUCAGCAGGCGGCCAUGCAGCAGGAGGAGAGGGUGCUGACGGAGCAAAUAGAAAGCCUCCAGAAAGAGAAAGAGGAGUUGACUUUCGAGAUUCUGUCUCUGGAGCCCCGAGCCUCUGAUGAUGAGACCCUGGAGUCGGAAGCUUCUAUCGGUACAGCUGACAGCUCAGAAAACCUCAACGUCGACUCCGAGGGAACCAUCUCCGACUUCUCUGAGAGAGGUCCGGUGUUGACUUCUCCUUGGCCUCGGAGGUCUGACGGGAAGAGCCCCCGACGUCGGGUUCUGCAACGGCAGCCUGACUCCCUGGACUCCCUGGACUCCUGCUCCAGUGUUUCCUCCUACUCGUCCUCAUCACACUUCCAACCAUCGUCCUCCUCCUCCUCCGCCACCACCACCACCACCCCAGCCCGGCGCUUUCGUUUCCACUCCAAGUCCCCCGCAAGUCCUCCCCAGGCCCAAGCCCAGUCCCUGAACACGUCCAGGGCCUUGCGGUCCGACAGAUUGGACAGGAGCCCGACAGGAGACCACGAAGGCCCUUAUGACGAAAGGCCCCAGUUCACCAGCAGAGGCACCUUCAAUCCAGAGAAGGGCAAACAGAAACUUAGAGGGGCCAAGAAUUCGACCUCACGGCACUCGAGAGACAGCGGCGGCCACAGCAGGGACCCUCCAGACAUACCACAGCAGCUGGUAUUGUAUGGCAGUAAUGAAUUCAUGGUAUAAAGGACACUGGGACGCCAAAGCACUCCCUAUCCAGCUCCCAGGCGUAUAUGUUCUGAAUGGGAGGUGACGUAUAGUGGCAACUAAUCUCCACUUCUCAAAGCGCUCUUGCUUCGCCUUUCUGUAUUGACGUCUGCAAAGAAGUUGUCCCCAAGUGCCGUUUCUAGUUCUUCCAGCUCCUGAAGGGGUAGAGGCGUUUUGGCAGAGGGACCGGAGUGGGGCCCCUCUUCUGUACACUAUACUGCCAGCCAUGCUCUCACAGUGCCUUGGCAGCUCUUUGCUCGGCUCCAAGAAGGAAGGCGGAGAAAAGGGAAUGUUGGAAAAUGCGGAAGACCACUCAGCAUCAGGGAACGAGACAGAGCGGGAAAGCUGGAGUCGUGUACGACAGCAGCAGCAGAAGAAGAAGAAGAAGAAACCAGGCGUCACAGACGUUCCAGUGAACUUAAAGCUCCCCAUUAUUAGCUGCUUUACAAGUUUACAGUUCAUAACAAUGAGUUUAAGCAGUGGUUGCUCUGUUAUUACAAGUUCAUUUUCCCCCCUUAUUUAAUACGUUUUAAUGUCACAGAAAGUCUUUAUAGCUUAUAAUAUACAGGUAUAAAUACUGUACAAAGCCGGAACACCAGCCUCUGCUGGGUAGUUGAAAUAUUUAUCUUUUUAUUUUUAUUUUUUUUGAGUACAUUGGACGGAGAAGUACAGAAUUGGGCAGUGGAUGAUAUGUGUAUGUGUGUCUGAUGUAUGUGUGUGUGGGUGCAUGUGCCGAGCGCUCAUGCGUGACCGUGUGUACUGAGAAAACCACUUCAUGUGUUAUAAGUUUGUGCUGCUUAUUUCCCCUUUACGAGGGAGAUACCGCCAUCAAAGGGACCAAGUCAGCUGGUGUUGUUCCAGCCCAGGGGAUCCCAGCUCUGUACAGAAUGUUGGAUGCGUAUUAAAAUCCAUGCAUUCACUGCUUAACAGCCAUACAACAAUUGUAAUGUACAGUACAGUUCAUAUGUGUACAGUAUAGCGGACAAAUGUUAUCCUAUUCUUGAAACCCAUUGUUACCCUCCCCCACCUCCUGUCUCUGAAAUGUUUGCUCAAUAGCAACCAAGCAAGAACAUAAAAUCACGACGUCUUCUGUCAUUA